UCGUAGUUACAACUCUGCCAUGUUCGUUUGUUUAUAUUGACAGUUUGGAGCUCAGCAUUGUUUGCAAAAUGGCUGGUCAUGAAAAAAAUAGGAACAUUUUACUGGAACUGGUGAAGCAGCCGGACAACAGUGUGUGCGCGGACUGCGGUGCGCCGGAUCCAGACUGGGCAUCCUAUAAACUGGGGGUGUUUUUGUGUCUCAACUGCUCUGGCAUCCAUCGCAAUCUCUCAAGCAAGGUCAAGUCCAUUAAACUGGACUUUUGGGAUGACGGUCUUGUGGAGUUUAUGAGAUCUAAUGGUAAUGCAAAAGCAUGUGAGGUGUAUGAGAAGGCAGUUCCAUGUUAUUACUAUCGCCCCCAGAGAUACGACUGCACUGUUCUUAGAGAGCAGUGGAUUCGUGCUAAAUAUGAACGGCUGGAGUUCACUGGAGAAACCAAAUACCCACCACCUUCUUACACCACAGGUUUUUAUAAAGGGCUGCUGUGGAAGAAGGAAAAGGAGGGUUCACAGUUUAACCAGAGGAAAUUUGUGUUGUCUGAAAAGGAAUUUACUUUGACAUACUACAGCAAAGAGAAUGAGUUCAAACGGCCCAAGGCUGUAAUCCCCAUAAAAGACCUUAAUGCGGUGUUCCAGCCUAAAAAGAUUGGACAUUCACACGGGCUGCAACUCACAUACCAGAACGAAAACCACACAAGAAAUCUGUUUGUGUACCAUGAGAAGUCAGAGGAAAUUGGAACAUGGUUCAACUGCAUUCGAGCUGCCCGCUAUGCAUAUCUGAAGACAGCAUACCCUACUGGAAGAGAUGAAGAGCUAAUACCAAUGAUCACCAGGAACUACCUCAAAGAAGGAUUUAUGGAAAAAACAGGACCACUGCAAAAGGAGACAUUUAAAAAAAGAUGGUUUGUUUUGGACUCUCAUAAUAGGAAGUUAUUAUAUUACAAAAGCCCACUGGACGCUACGGAGCUGGGGGCCAUUUUCAUUGGCCCAGAGUCAAAUAACUACUCUGUGAAAGAAUGUGUGCCGAAAUUUUCCAUAGGAAACAAGUGGAAAUGUGGUGUGAUGGUGGACACGCUAGAACGACAGUAUGUUUUUAUGUGUGAAGAGGAGAAGGAACAGAAGGAGUGGCUGUCUGCUUUACGACAAGUGCUUCUUCGGCCCAUGGCACCCCAGGACUAUGCUAGUAAGCACAAACUGCAUAUGACACUGUGGCUCUAUUUGAUUUGA